AUGCCGAACAUCAUUACCGCCCAAAGAGCGGGAGAGAGCAGCGAAGCCCGAUUCGAGUUUAGUUGGCGAGAUGAUAGCACGACCGAUACCUCAAGCUCGACUUCCUGGCAGACUGUGUUCCUUUGUUACAGGCAAAUCUCAACAUCUCCCGACUUUGUGUGGCCGAAGAACACCAGGGACGUUCGUCUCUCGAUCGAGUCGUCUGCGAGUGAGCGCCAUGAAAUCGAUUCGCGGGACUUUGGGUCCACGGCAGCGCUUCACCUAGUGAUAAGCGCCCUCUCGGCAGCCUUUGAACGCGAGAGCGGAAGUGUCCUCGGUCUGAUCAUCCCAGCGGUCGCUGGAUACAUCGUACGAUCGGACAUUAUCCCCCUACGCCUUGUAAACUGCUUGUUGGUGGAGAAAGCUGUGAGCUUCGCACAGCCGCACCAGCGAUACGCGGGGAAGCGUGUGAACAUCGAAGAAUUGCGGCUUCCGGAUGCAUUCGCAGCAUCCGCUGCAGGCUUGCUUCUCAAGCAGGACGACUCUGCUAGCACGGUCACGUACGAGUCCUUGUCAAGAUCUCUCAACGUCGCGUUGCGCAAUCGGCUGUCGUUCCCUUGGCUAUCAGCCCAAGAGCCAAAGCGUAAGACUCUGGUUUUGGUUGAGGGUGGACGCUCAGGGCCAGAAAAUGGGGGUACAGGAGAAACUAUAUACACAGCUGCUUACGCUCUUGGCAUCGACAUAGUUGUGUUCGACAACCCUGGACACUGGAUGGACGAUCCACGCUAUGCCCAUUGGUGCAAGCAAUUCGUUUCCUUCGAGCUCCUGCUACAGCCACCUGACGACUUCCCUAAUCGUAUCGUAGAGGCGGUCCGUUCGCUACAGUAUCCAAUCGAUGGCAUUGUAACGUUCUGCGACCACUACAAAGCCCCAGUUGCCGAGGCCGCCCUUCAGCUUUCUUUGCCGACGUACUCUCCAGACGCAUACGACAUUGCCACCGACAAGUUCAAGACAAGCAUCCUCGAAGGGCAUCAUGCUUAUCGGGCCUCCAGCGUCGAGGAAGCGCAUGCCAUCGUGCAGAAACAUCGCCUCCCAUUCCCGCUGAUCAUCAAACCUUGCAAUGGAUUCCUCUCAGAGGGCGUAUGUCGGGUCGAGAACCUAGGACAUCUUGAGAUAGGUGUACAGGCCAUCAACACCGACCGACACGGCAAAGAGUUCGUCAUCGAAAAGUACUGCGAGGGGCCGGAGUUGGAUGCCAACUUCGUGCUUUGCAACGGAGCAUUGUUGUUCUUCGAAGCAUCGGACGACUUUCCGAAAAGCGCAGACGUAAAUGGUCAAGGCAAUGUCAAAACCUUCAUCGAGUUAGCCAAUGUCCUGCCUUCGAAACUUCCAGAGCGCGAGCUGACAGUUCUUCGGGACAGCCUUCAUCGUAGCUUGUUACGCAUGGGUUUCCAAGAUGGGUUCUACCAUCUUGAAGCGCGAAUGGAGAACUCAAGCAUGGAAUAUGCGAUAAAGGAUGGCGUCUUCGAUCUGGUCGAGCGUGCGGUCCCUGUCGAAGAAGCUCCAUCUGCCUGGUUGAUUGAGGUCAACCCUCGACCACCAGGCAUACAAGAGUCGUCAGCGGUGAAGUUUACGUAUGGCAUUGACUACUUUGGCCUCGGCUUGCUGUUUGCUCUCGAUGAAAAGGAUCGGGUCAAACAACUUGCACAUCCAUUCGAGCAGGGAGCACAGUAUUGGUGCGAGAUGGUGUUUAUUCCAGUGGAGCACGGCGGAGUGUACGAGUCUGGAGACGUAUGUGCAGAGCUGUUCGAGAGACGCCCUGACCUCGCCGACCACGUCUCUGAGUGCUUCUGCUUUCUGAAGAAAGGAGCCACUCUGUCUGUGACUGGAGGUGUGAACGCCUGGGUAGCUUAUUUCAUUGUGUAUUCUCGGAAGAGUCGUGCGCAUGUUUUGGAGGUCGGUGAGACGAUUCGGCGAGAGGUUAGGUUUUCGAUCGUGUAG